UCAAAAUCUAUCUCCCUCUUAAUAUAAACAAGUCUAUACAUUUCAAAGAGUUAUGGAUAAUAAGAAUAAGAAUAAUAAUAAUAAGAUACAUAUAAUUAAUGACGAAGGCGAUAUCAUAAACAUGCAAAUGCUGCAGAACAACUUGAUUACUAUCAAGUCUAAACAGCCAGCUAUAGAAGCCAAGGAAAACAAUAACGUCGGAACGAUUAACCAACCAACAGACGAUUGGUUUCCUAUAACACGAUCACGAAAAGGGAAUUCGUGGACCGCGACAUUCCAUUUGCUUUCUUCUGGAAUCGGAACCCAAGCACUUUCCCUCCCCCUUGCAUUCGUAUAUCUCGGUUGGUUUUGGGGCAUAGUGUGUUUAUUUGUUGCAUAUAUAUGGCAACUCUACACCAUUGGGUUGCUUCUUAAUCUUCAUGAAACUGUCUCUGGUAUUCGUUACAGUAGAUACCUUGAGCUUUCAAUAGCCGCCUUCGGUGCUAAAUUGGGAAAACUUUUUGCAUUGCUCCCCGUGAUGUAUCUUUCGGGAGGAACCUGUGUCUUGCUCAUAAUCACUGGUGGAAGAACAAUGAAACUUUUCUAUCAACUCUUGUGUGACGAAGAUUGUUCUUCCAAAAACCAGCUGACAACCACAGAAUGGUUCUUGGUUUUCGUAUGUCUUGCCAUUCUUGUGUCUUUGUUUUGUUCAAACUUGCAUUCGGUCGCUUUUGUCUCAUUUCUUGGGGCAACUGUGGCUGUUGCAUAGUGUACGAUAUUAUGGAUAGUUUUUAUUGCUAAAGGGAGGGUAGACAAUGUAGCUUAUGAUACAUCAGAAACCGUCACAUCAGAAGUUGGAAAAACUCGAAGUAUCUUUACUGCACUUGGGAUCAUUGCGGUUGCAUUUAGAGGCCAUAAUGUGGUGUUAGAGAUACAGGGUACAAUGCCAUCAACCACAAAUCGCCCAUCAUCAAAGUUGAUGUGGAAAGGAGUUGUUGCAUCAUAUGUCAUUAUCGCAAUGUGUUUGUUUCCUCUAGCAAUUGUUGGAUACUGGACAUUUGGAAACAAGUUUCCGGUCAAUGGAGGAAUGUUAACGGCACUAUCAUCCACCCUUCAAUACAACGCGUCAAAACCUUUGCUAGGCCUCAUAUACGUGCAAAUCAUUAUAAGUAGCAUCGCGGCUUUCCAGAUCUACGCUAUGGUUGUCUUUGACAACCUAGAGCGUGCGUACGCCCUCAUAAAAAGCAAGGAAUGCCCAAAGUUAACCCGAAUGGGAAUCAGAAUAUUCUACGGAGGUUUUAUAUUCUUUACAUCGGUUGCUUUUCCAUUUCUUCCAAGCCUGGCACUACUUGCCGGAGGACUUGCUUUACAUGUGACAUUCGGGUAUCCAUGCCUCAUGUGGAUUGCAAUCAAGAGACCACCAAUGAAAUCCGUAAGGUGGUGGCUUAAUUUUGUGCUUGGUUGUUUAGGCGCGGGAUUGAGUACUGUUGUAGUUGUUGGUGCAGUGUGGAACUUGGUUUGUAGAGGUUUAGAUGCCAACUUUUUCCAUCCAUGAUGACAUAUAUAGUUCAAUAGAUAGACAGAACCCUAUAUGAUUUUAUUCUUUAUAGAUAGUUAAAGUCUAACAAAUUAAAUACCAAAUAUGUAUUAUAUACGAGUAUAAAACGAAUCAUAUUCUUUUUUAUAAA